AUGAUGGAUAUGGAUGGAAAUUCUUCCUCCCAAUUAGAAAUAAAAAGUAUUGUGGAUGAUUUGUUGGCAGAUGUCGAUAGGAUGAGCUUAAAAAAUGUUCCCAGAAAAAGUUGUUUAAAAAGGCGAUUAAGUAAUAGUGAUGACUUAUCAAAUAGUUUAUUUCACACACCAAAUAAAUCACCCAAGAUUGUUAAACAUGUGACGUUUUCUAAACUUAUUGUGUAUUGGUUUGAGAGGACGCAAGGGAAAUGUUCAAUUCCAACAUUUGGUGGUUUACCAUUGGGUAUGUGUCAAAAAGAUUGCGGAGUAUCAGAGUUUAAAGAUUUUAAAUCAUUUGAAAAUUUUAUGAGAAAACAUAAGACUAGAGUUAAUAGGCAGAGGUGGCAAAGAUUUUCAGCUGCACAAAAUGAAUUAAAAACUUCUAGGAGUAGGAGGAAUAUGAAUCAUUCUAUAAUUUGUAAUGAAGGUGGUAAUUCUGAUUCUGGAGUAAGUAAUAUUGAAAAAAGGAUUGCUGAUGAUGAAAUGCGAAGAUAUACUACAGAUACUAAAUCUUUUAUUAGAAUGCCUUCAAAUGUUAGAAAAAAUAUAUUUGAAGGUCUUAGUGUUGAAAUUGAUGAAGAAGAUGAAAAAGAUACACAUACAAUACGUGAAAAUAGAAAAUCUGUAGGAUGUGAUUGUGAAGAUGGUAUUUGUUCACCUUUAACUUGUUCUUGCUCAAUUAAUGGAAUUCAAUGUUAUUUAGAUGUAUAUGGUAAUCCAACAUGUAGUUGUGAUAAAGAAAAAUGUCGAAAUCCGGAGGGAAUUAUUGAGUAUAAAGAGGAUGUUGUUCGUUGUCACUAUGAUUUUAUCAAAGAAAAAGAGGCACUUUUAAAAAAAAUAGAAAAAUGUUUUGAUGAAGAUGCGAAACAAAAAUUAUCUGAUUCGUUACAAAACUUGACAAGAGAUUAUGCUCUUAAAAUGCUUCAACUUAAACAAUCUCCAAUAAGAGAACCUUCAUACAAUUUACCCAAACGAAUGUCUUUUGAACUUCAAAUAUCAGCACAUGAUUUUUUAUUUGAUCCCGAUGUACAGUAUAAUGGAGAUGGUGACUCUGAGUUACGUCAGUUUUCAAAGAUGCCUUCACUGAUAGUCAACCAAUCUUAA